AUGUCUUUUUCGCCCUCACUGCCACCAGACACCGAGGACGGGGACAGUGACCGCAACGACCGCAACCCACUGCCUUUUCAGAACCUCAGCUUUCGAGGAAAAUCUCCGACAUACCCUUCAGUGAAAGUGUCCCCUUCACUCGUCUUCCAUCAGAGCACUCACCGCCUUCCCUACUUUGCACACCAGCAGCUCGACCCGAGUUAUUUCCCAUUAGGUGUGGGUCGACCGGUUGGCGGUCCCAUAGUCGAGGGAGAAGAAAGCGACCGGGGUUGGGACGAAGAAGAUAGUGAAGUCGGAGCCGACCUUGAAUCCGAUGCCGAUGAUGACCUGUACUCCGAUAAGCCGAAGCGACGCCGCAAGUUCGAGUCCUCCAAGAUAGCCAAUGCUGCCGAGCUCAAGAAGAUGAAAAUCCAGGGAGGCCGCCCUGCCGUGGCGAAGAAGGUCACAGCCGACCUGGAUUCCGAUGAUGAGCUGAUUGUCCGCAUGAAGGAAGCACGAUAUCUGGAGAAGGACAUCGCGAAGGCUCUCAUCGACCAGGGUCGCACUGCCUACAACCCAAAGACGAUUGGCACUCGCUGGAGACGCAUCAAGGCGGCUUUGCAGAAGAGACAGGACGACUUGCUUGAUGCUGACUUGACGGAUUGGCACGAGGGCGACGAUGACGUUCUCUUGCAAGCGGUUGUAAAGACAGACAAGGAGGUCAAGAGGCUGAAAGAAGAGAUCGAAGCUAAGAAAUGGCGUAUGGUGGCAGAUCAGAUGAAGACCAUGAAGGCAAGUUUCCCCAUUGUCAACUUCUCGCAGAAUGCUUGUCGUGAGCGAUAUGAAGCUCUCCAGGCAGGGAUUGCGAAGCCCACUCCCGAGUCGAUUGAGAAUCCGUCGGAGGAGAUUCUCGAGCGCAUCAAAUCACGUCAAGACAAGGAGCGAAAGAUCGCGGAAAGCAGGCAGUACAGUGUAUUGGAACAGAAGAAUGUCGAGGCCAACGGAUGGACAUCAAGGAUGCGGACCUACUUCUAG